AUGCCUUCUUCUAGAGCCCAGAUUAUCGACGUCCGUGUCAACGACAAGGCGCAGAACGGCGAGCAGGAUAUUCGCCGCGAAAUUCUUGCAGGCCUCGCACAGCCGACUGGCCAGAAGACACUCCCCACACUACUCCUAUACAACGAAGCCGGUCUCAGGAUAUACGACGAGAUCACAACGGAUGCGGAGCAGUAUUAUCUCUUCGGCGCGGAGGAAAGCAUCCUCAAGACUUUCGGCGACGAUAUAGUACAGACUAUGCAUAGCGCAUCUGGUGGGAAGCUUGGUGGAGAUGAGGUUGUCGUUGAGCUCGGUGCUGGCGCGCUCCGCAAGACAUCACACGUACUCUCAGCACUCUCCCGACUCGUCCCUCACGCCAUGUCUCCUCCCCCUAUCACCUACUACGCUCUGGACCUCGAGAAGCGCGAGCUCGAGCGCACCCUCGACCAACUCUCUACUUCGUCCGUCGGUCCCAAACUCGAGGGCAAAGUCACCACCAAGGGCAUGUGGGGCACCUACGAUGGUGGUCUGAAGUUCAUCGAGGAAGGAGGCAUCGAUGGUCACGGCUCUGUGGAACAUAUCGCCGCAGGACCUAACUCUCCAGAACGGCCAAGGCUUCCUUCGCUCACUCGUGCAAGGGAACGGUCCCCCGCCUCCGACAGCGCCUCCUCCACAGGCGCCACAUACAUCACUGGCACCGAUCGGGACUCAGUCGAGACCACGCCUUCUACCCCCGGCUCUUCGUCCGACUCGAAGUCCCCCCUCCAUAUUCUCUUCUUGGGCUCAUCGCUCGGAAAUUUCUCCCGUGGAGCCGACGCAGAGUUCUUGAAGGCACUUCCUCUCAGGCCGGGCUCGGGCGACACGUUGCUGCUUGGGUUGGACCAUGGAAAUGACAAGGAGAGGAUCGAGAAAGCGUAUGAUGACGACAAGGGGAUCACGAGGAAGUUUGCGUUUAAUGGGCUCAAGGCGGCUGGUGAGGCGCUUGGAGACCCCAAGCUCUUUGAUCCGGAGAACUGGGAAUACGUGGGCAAGUACGAUGAAGAAGAACGUCGUCACGAAGCGUACUUCGUCUCUAAAAUUGCGCAGACGAUACGUGACCCCCAGUCAAGGCAGGAUUUUGCAUUUGUGGUCGACGAGCACGUUAACUUCGAGAUAUCUACGAAGUACUCAGAGGAAGAUGCAUUCAAGCUCUUCACCAGCGCCCACCUUCGUCCCAUUCAACGCUGGACCGACCCUUCCGGUUACUCCCUUUGGCUCCUCGAACGUCCUCCAUUCUCAUUCCCGCUCCUACCGACUCCUUCGACCGCUCCUUCCGCCCUCAGCAACACACCCUUCGGCGUCCCGUCCUUCCAGGACUUCCAAGACAUGUGGGCCGCCUGGGAUUUCAUCACGCGCAAGAUGAUCCCCGAGUCCAUGCUCUUCCAAAAGCCGAUCGAUUUGAGGCACAUUUGCUUAUUUUAUUGCGGACAUAUACCUACAUUUUUGGAUAUCCAUCUGACGAGAUUGUUGGAUGGGAAGCAUACGGAACCUGAGGAGUUCAAGUAUAUUUUCGAACGCGGCAUUGACCCGAACGUUGAUGACCCGAGUCAAUGCCACCCUCACUCCGAAGUCCCUCAAAAUGACGAAGACUGGCCGUCUCUUGAUAGCAUCCUGGAGUUCCAAGAUCGCGUGCGCCAAAGGGUUCGAAACUUGUAUGACGACCUCGAGUCGGGCAAGAUCGAGCUGACGAGGAAGAUCGGUCGUGUCCUGUUCAUGGUCCUUGAGCAUGAAGGGUUCCACGCUGAGACCCUUCUCUACAUGUUACUCCAGCGCGCCGGCACGGGUACGAUCCCACCAUCUGGCUUCGCUCCCCCACCUUGGUCUUCACUCGUGAAAAACUGGGACGCCCAGCCUGUCCCACAGUCGCCGACAGUCACUCUGGGACCUACCACCAUCUCGCUUGGUCACGAUGAUGACGAACGGUUGGAUGAGGACCCCAAACAUCGUACCGACGUCAAGGGUCACGACUUUGGCUGGGACAAUGAACACCCAGUUCGAAAAGUUGACGUCGGCGAGUUUAAGAUAUCGUGGAGGCCCGUCACGAACGGCGAGUUUUAUGAGUAUUGGAACGGAGAGGGAAAGGAGAUGGUCCAGUUUCCGAAGAGCUGGGUGGAGGAGAAUGGAGAGGUUAUGUUGCAAGCUAACUGCUGCUUACAGGUCCGCACCAUGUAUGGUCCUAUCCCGAUCAAGACUGCGUGGAAGUGGCCCAUUGUCACAUCGUACAACAACCUCUCUACAUACGCUAGCGUCAAGGGCGGUCGUUUGCCAACCGAGCCUGAGCUCCGCCUGUUCUACGACAAGUUCGAGUGUGGAUAUGAGGGUGGAAAGAAUGUCGCCUUUAGGAACUGGCACCCCGUUCCGGCGACGACGGGGGUGGGAGAGGCUGGAGGUGGCAAGGGCCACAACGGAGGGGUGUUCGAGUGGACGAGCUCGGUGUUUGAGAAGCAUGAAGGUUUCCUUCAAUCCAUCUUAUAUCCUGGAUACUCCACGGACUUCUUCGACGGUUGUCACAAUGUCGUGAUCGGUGGCUCCUACGCCACAAUCCCUCGUCUUUCCGAGAGGAGGACUCUGCGCAACUAUUAUCAGCAGAGCUACCCGUACGCCUGGGUCGGCGGAAGGAUCGUGUACGAUGUACAGAAGUGA